AUGAUUCACGCUGUUGACUGGUUCCCUACCUUGGCAAAGGCUCUUGGAAUUAAUUAUACAAGUCCGAGCCACGACGGGGUCAACCAAUGGGAAGCUAUUAUAAGUGGAGGGGAGUCCAAGAGGUCAGAGUUCGUGUACAACAUGGAUUAUGAUCCAUUUCCUGUCCAAGGAGCAGUGGCUAUCCGUGUCGGCGACUACAAGCUGAUCGAGGGGUUUCCAGGAGCUUACCAAGAGCGCUAUGAGAUCGGAGCUAAGGACCAAGGGUUUGCGGGUACAUACACGAUUGAGCUGGUGUUUGAGUGGGUAGCGCAGAGUCCCUAUAACGACACCCUAGCAGCAAAACUUCUGUUUAAUCUGAAAGAUGACCCUUAUGAAGAGAACAACCUGUAUGACGAGCUGCCUGAAGUAGUCCGGAGAUUUCAAGACAAGCUGAAGGAGUACAGGAAAGGAUACGUGUCUCCAAACUUCCCCGCGGACAGCGAACUCUCAAACCCUGAAAACUAUGGCGGAUCAUGGUCGCCUGGUUGGUGCGAGAGAGAUGAGAUCUGA